CUAGUAAACCUCCAGUUACUGCAUCUUCUUCCUCCUUCUCAGUCCCCAUGUCUUCGUCUGUAUCUGUAUCCACCACCACCACGAACACUCUGUUGGUGACUUGGUCCCCACCUGAAGCACCAAACGGAGAACCUCUCGCUUACUUCAUAAAAUAUUCGUACAAGGACGCAUUGCAGGAAAAUAAAGAGAUUAUCAAAUGCCUUAGCGUGGAGGAGGCAAGGGCGAAGGGCUUCCGAUACGAUUUAAAAGCCUACAGCCUGGCAAAUACAAAUUUUCCAUCAUGCUCAGAUCUGCAAGUGGCGAUGGCCUCUUCGUGCAAUAUGAUCAAGAAAUUUUGGUAGAGGGGUCUGGCUGGUUCUGGACCGUUCUUGUGGCCUUCUUGUGCGGGGGAAUGCUGGGGAUCUGCAUUAUGGAGCUUACGGUUUGGUUCAGAAGGCGCCAACGGUCUGCGGGGCCCGAUACACCGCAAUACGUCACCCACAAUCCUAACUAUGGAGAAUUACUGCUUGGAGAUACGCUUCAGCAAAUCAAGGAGAAGUAUGUAAUCUCAAGAAAUGCUUUAGAAAUCGACUUAAACAAUAAGCUCGGAGAAGGCUGCUUUGGGCUAGUAUACGAAGGUGCACUUUCUAUGGCUUCAGGCACAGAACUAAAAGUGGCAGUAAAGGCUCUCAGUGAACAGUCAGCGUAUUCCGAAGUCAAGAGAUUCUUACAAGAAGCAGUUAUAAUGCAAGACAUCAACUCGAACUUUGUUGUACGUUUGGUUGGUGGGGUUUUGCCAAUUUUUCCCCCCAUUUACUGGUAG